ACACGGAGUGGCCCCGCCCCCGCCGUGGAGGUCAUUAGCGAGCUCCGGAAACAAACGAGGCAGGUCACCCGCCCCCUGGACCAGGUGUGGCCACUGCGGUAUUUACGGACAUCCGACAUUCGAAUGCCGCAAGAGGGCGAAGUGGGAACCGAAGAAGGACCCCCGACGCCCGGAGGAAAGCCGACCGGCUGCACCACCAAAAGCGUUGUGCUUUCACUGCCACAUGCCGGGACACAUCGCGUCUCGCUGUCCAUCGCGGCGAGAAGAAAAACAUUGCCCCGAGGACGAGCGCCGGGUCGAUGCCUGCGUGGUGGAAGCCCCGACGGGUAGACUAAGCCAGCAGGCCACACACGAGGACGUGUAAGUGUCAGGAUGGCCGAGUCGGAGACGAAAGGACGCCGGGGCCCCUCUGGAACUUCAGGACAACACCCUAACCUUGCAACCUAGAGCCUAAUAUAGCCAUAACGAAACAAUCGCAAGUAUCCAAACCGAUAGCAAUCGUACGUCGAUCGGAGGAUCGUGUGUACUGAGACACUCGACCGGAGUCUUGUUUCGGUGGCGUCGUUGGGAUGACGAGCAGUCUUGCUAGAGAGCUGAUCGGUGAAGGAAGUCGAGUGCCUUACGAGCAGGGAAUGGUGCACGUGUGAGUUAGAGCAAGGGAACCUGUCCUCCCGUUGGUCACGGAUUCGUUAUCAAGCCUGAGGCCCUCGUCACUAGUGUAACUAUCGACAAUAAAGGUACCCCACGCGCGACCGGGCGAUGGAGAACUUCAACGCAGAACCGCUACCUCCCGCGAGCCCUUCCCGGGAGGGCGCCUCGAGCUCGGACUCGGAGAUUCAGACUCGACAUAUAUAUUAUUAUAUAUAUUAUAUAUACUAUUAUAUCUAUAUAAUAUAUGUAUUUAUAUCUAUAAAUAUAUGUAUAAAUAUAUCUAUUUAAAAAAAUAAAGUUGACCUUCAUAUAUCGCCAAUAAUAUCGCGUGCGUAAAAAGAAACUAAUUACAUUUAAUUCUUUUUUACAUUUAUUUAUUUUUUAUUAUUUUUUUUACAGCUAGUUACAUUUAAUUAUUACAUUUACAUACAUUUAACUAUUAUUACAUACAUUUACAUACAUUUAAUUAUUAUUUUUUUCAUAAUUAUAUCUCGUUUGAAAUAUUUUUCGACAUAAUUAAUUGUUUCAAAAACACAUAUUCCAGACUUCUAAAUGAUUUAUUUUGCGUAUUAUACGAAUUAUUCCAUCUAUAAAUAAAUUGUUCUCUAUACACACAAACACGCACACAGUCUGUUAAUUACACGAGUUAAUUGUAUCAUUUUUCUCGAUAAGUUGACAGGGCAAGGAAAAUGAGCGACGAACAUACCUACAAACUAAUCUACUUCAAUACCCGUGGUCGUGCCGAACAUAUACGGUACAUAUUUGCAUAUACUGGCAUCGAGUAUACCGACGAGAGGAUCCCCGAAGUACUCUGGCCUGAAUACAAGGAUUGUAAGCGUUAAGGAUCGAUUUUUACCUUCAUCGUUCAACUCUCAGCAAUGCCCUUUAAAAAGCUGCCUGUGCUGGAGGUAGACGGGAAACCGGUAGCGCAGGGUAACGCUGUGGCGCCUUACUUGGCGAGGAAGUACGAUCUAAUGGGAAACUGCAAAGGGGAUGCGCUGAUAUGCGAAGUGCUCGUCGAUACUCUUGAAGAUUUGGAGCAAGACGACAUGGGCGGACUUCGUAUUUGCAGCGGCCCUUGAAAAUUUCGAGUAUAUGUUUGGGGCACCAGCUUUGGAUAAAUAUCCAGCUCUUCGAGCAUUGAAGAAAAGGAUUCAUAGAAUACCGGCCAUUUCUGAUUGACUGAUUAGGCGCCCAUUCACAAACAGCUAAAAAGCUAAAAACGUGUGGAAAAAAGAUGACCAGUACACCACUACAUAUAUGUAGUAUCGUGGACGAAAGGCCUAAGAAAUAUCGGGCGAACUAUGAACAAUGUCGGGAGAGCCGAGGCGCCGUCGGGCCCAUCAAUGUGUCAUCGGUCUUUUCAAGUGCAUAGUUUCGUGGAAAAGACCUACGUGACCCUGGCUACGAGCGUCUGCAGAACACGUGUGCGGUGGGCCUAGGAAAAAGGCAAUAGAAUGCGACAACGGCCAGAGUGUGAGUCGAGAAACAGAGUGUGAGUCGAGGAGCCGAGUGCGAGUUGAGCGGAGACAGAGUUUGCGAGUGGCGUUGCCGAGAGAGUGUGGAUUGCGCUGUUUUCUGUGCGUUUGGCGUGAAUAGUUCAGGUUGAACAACAAUCGUCUUUUUCUGUCUGAUUAACAUCUCUAUUGUCCACUCUUUGUAAACACAUUAUAUCACGAUAUUACACUUUUUGGGGGCUCAGCCGGGAUUGGACAAGACAGAAAACGAAACGGUUUAACAGAGCUAUUCGAGCUAGUUGUGAAUUUACCGGUACGCGGUGCGGUAAAAGACGAUAUCGUUGACGGUUUAAGUUCGUGUAGUGUGAAAAAUGACAAACGUCGGGGACGAGCGAUUGUCGGGUGAAGAGGGUUCGACGCUGGAGGAGCUGAGGAGUAAGCUCGCGCGAAUGAACCUCCCUAUAUCGGGUGCGAGGUCAGUGCUGAUUGCAAGGCUGAAUCGGGCGUGUAGGGCUGGACAAUCGUAUCGUAAGGGAUCGACGGGCGGUGAAGAGCUAACCGGUCAACGAGAUUUAGAAAAUGUACAGAGAGCUGAGCGUGAUUGUAACGAAGAUGAAGAUUUUGAGAAAAUGAAUACGAAGGAGUUGAAGGAGCGCCUUGCUAGUUUGGGUUUAAAAACGACGGGAAGAAAAGUAGAAUUACGCGCACGGCUACAAGCGGCCAUGGAUGGUAACGACAUAUCGUCGGAAGAAGAAAGCGACGACGAAAGUGAGGAUGAAGAUGACAAGAAAAACGCAAGAGGAUACAAGAGAGAUACGCGAAGGGUGUAUCAGGACCGUGAUGAAUAUUGUCGAAGGGCAUGCGUUGGUUCGACACUGAGUUUUAGAGACGUCGAAGAUGUAUUAGAGUCGUUUAGUGGCGACAAAGGUGAAAAUGUCGAACGAUGGUUCGAGUCGUUCGAGGAAGUCGCUGAUACGUGCGUGUGGUCGGAUCGGCAGAAGGCAGUCUACGCAAGGAAGCUGCUGAAGGGAUCAGCGAAAAUAUUCGCGAGCUUCGAGUGUCAUGCCAGGACUUGGCAUGAGUCGAAGAGGGGGCUAGUGAAAGAAUUUUCGAGGAAAGUCAACAGUAGGCAAGUUCAUCAGAAACUUGAAGAAACGAAAAAGGAGAGUGAUGAAGCAUGUUUGGCUUACAUGUACCGUAUGCUCGAAAUAGCCAGCCAUGUGGACAUGGAGGAGGAAGCAAAGGUGGAAUACAUAGUGGAUGGAAUAAUAGACGACGAGAACAAUAAGGCUGUAUUGUACGGCGCUACGUCAAUCAAAGAGUCGAGGAAGAGGUUAGUGAUGUACGAAGAGCAGAAGAGUCGCAGAGCAAAGUCGAUCGUGAAGCCGACUAAAACCCAGAAGAACGGGAAGCCCAGUCAAUCUGUAGACGCAAUGAAGAAAAGAAGAUGCUUGCGGUAG